ACUCAUAAGUAAACAAACAGUCUAACAAGCAGCAGCUAAAAUUAAAAGAUUUAAAUUGAAAACAAUUCUGUGAGAAUAUAGUAAUCAGUCAGUGACUUUAAAAUUUAAAGAAAUAUAUAAAUAUAGGACAUAAUGUGUUCUCACAUUUCGGAAUAUUAUAAUAAAUAUGGCAUAAAGCCAUAUGAACUCGUAAACUCGUUUUUUUCUUCUUCUCUUUCAAGAGAAAAAAGGAAAAUAAAGGCAUUUUCUUGUAUUUGUCAUAUUUGUGGACAAGCUAAUAAUCUUCUCGGUUGUCUUCACUGUAUUUAUUUCGGAUGCAAGGCUCAUAUUGCUGAGCAUUUCAAAAAUAAAAAGCAUUAUGUUGCUAUUAAUUUAUCACACGGACAUUUAUUCUGCUUUUAUUGCUAUGACUAUGUUUAUGAUUCCAAAUUCCUUAAAAUCAACGAGCGCUACAAUGCACUAGCAGCAAAAAGUUUGAAGAAAAGUGUGAGUUUUCUUCCUUGGUAUCCGUCUGAGGAAGAAAUUGCUCUUCUUCAAAUUCAUCCCAAGAAGUUCAUCAACGAAAAUAACCGUUUAGGACUUAGAGGAUUAUUUAAUUUAGGCAAUUCUUGCUUCAUGAACUGCAUAAUUCAAGUUUUAAUUCAUACUCCUGUGCUUCGAGAUUUUUUUCUAUCAGAUAAUCACAACUGUAAACUAUCUGGCUGUAUGGUGUGUGAAAUUUCAAAAAUAUUUCAAGAGUUUUACUCAGGGAAAACUAGCCCCAUUUCACUACAUGAUCUUCUAUUUUUGAUAUGGAAGAACGUCAGCCAUUUAGCUGGUUAUAAGCAGCAAGAUGCCCAUGAAUUUUUCAUUGCAACACUAAAUUUACUUCAUAUCCAUUUUCGGGAUAGUUCAAAAGCACAACACCAAGAUCCUUGCAAUUGCAUUGUUGACAAAAUCUUUACAGGAACACUUUUAAGUGAUUUAGUAUGCACAACAUGCAAACAUGUUUCACCAACAUUUGAACCUUUUAAAGAUUUAUCUCUUGAUUUAAAUGAACAACCAAAAUCUCUUAUUAACUGUUUAGAGCGUUUCACUCGUCUAGAGCAUCUGGGGGCUAAUGCGAAAUUGAUUUGCUCAAAAUGUAACACUGAACAAGAAUUCACAAAAGAAUUAAGUAUUGAGACUUUACCAAUUAUUGCAAGUUUUCACUUAAAGCGAUUCGAACAAACAGGAUUAAAUGAUAAAAAGAAAAUAUCAACAUUCAUAUCCUUUCCUGAUGAACUUGAUUUGACACCAUUCUUAAAAAAAUCUCAAAACAACGAUCAACUAAUGAAUCGUGCUUCAGCAAAGUAUUCUCUGUAUGCUGUAGUGAAUCAUGAAGGACGAAGUAUCGAUUCAGGUCACUAUACAAGCAUUGUAAGACAUUCAAAUAACCAUUGGGUGAAAUGCGACGAUCUCAAUCUCACUCCUUUUAGUAUCGAGAAAGUUUUAAGUAGUGAAGGUUACUUAUUGUUCUAUCAUAAAAAAGUUCUUGAAUACAACUGAUAAAUAAGAGAAAAUGAAAUGUUUUUUAUUCUGGAUUUAUUAACUUUAUUAAAUUCACUUUCAUGUAAGUUUCCAUGAAUGCAUUUUCUGGCUUAACUCUAUUUCUACUAAGAGAAGAUUUGAAUUAUUAGAAACACUCAAGUCGGAAUACUUUUAAGAGCUUUAGAGUUUUUCUCAG